AGUAGUAAAGCGACUUUAUAGAGAGUCAAACGUUUUGUAUUUUUCACAAAGUCAUUUCGUUACGUCACAUUGUGGUUGCAAUGUUUAAAAAAAUGCAGAAUUAUUUUCUUCCCAGAAUGGAAUACGAGGAGGUGACUACAAACGACACAAGUGAGAAUUAUAACACAAUUCCAACUUCUCAAGUUUAUGAUAAUAGGACUGAUGUGAUAUCUCAAUGCAACGAUGAAUCAGAAAAUGAAACCAGUAUAAGAAUGAAUGCGGUCAAUGCAAGUCGUGAACAUUUCCAACUAUUUAAAUCGGAAAAGUUUAAAGCGAUUCUUGCUUUUUUGUUGCUGAUUUGUUCGUUUAUCUUGGCAUUGGUUUCAUUAGCUCUGACUCAUGAUCGACUACCUGAUCGGAAAGUCUAUAAACCAUUACCAGACAUCUUCUUAGAUAAUGUGGAAAAUAUAGACUUCUUUUUAAACAUCACCGAGAUUCAAAUUAUGAUUAUUGUUAAUCUUUGUAUUGUGUUCAUCUUUUUUCAUAAGCAAAGAUUUGUGAUAGCCAAAAGAUGUUUCAUCAUAUUAAGCAUACUUUACUUUUACCGUUCCAUAACGAUGUACGUCACAGUAUUGCCAAUCUCAUCGAAUACUUAUUAUUGUUCACCAAAAAGCAAUGCGACUUCAAAUAUUGAUGUAGCGAAACGAGUCAUCUCACUUCUAUCUGGAAUGGGACUCUCAAUAAACAAUAAGCAAACAUUUUGUGAUAUACCAAAUAGACUGAAAGUGCUGCACAUUUUUGCAGUGAUAAAUGCAAUCUCUGGGAUAACAUUUCUUCUUAUCGCCCAUGCUCAUUAUACAAUUGAUGUAAUAAUUGCUUAUUACGUAACAACAAGACUGUUCUGGACUUAUCACUCACUUUGUCAGAAUUCUACAAAUCAAUUAAAUCGUAGCUACUUCAACAAAGAAUGGUGGAUGAUUUUAUUUAAUUACUUCGAGAAAGAUAGUAUGAGAAACUAUACAAACGAAUUCGAAGUACCUUGGCCAAUGAAGUUGUCAUAUAGUUCAGUUUAAAAUGUUUAUUGUUAAAAUAGAAAUAAAAAUUUACAAACUUAA